GAGCUUCGACGCAGUGAGGGGGAAAUGGCAGGCGGAUUGGGAACAGUAACAAAGAAGGGAGCGAAGAGGGAUGUCUUCUUCUGGUGAAAACCCCAAACGGCGUUUCAGGGUUUUAGGGAGCUUGAAGAGCGACGAGAAUUGAUUUUCAUCAAUGCUCAUGGAUUUUAGCUCUCAAUAUCUCAUUUUGUGUGAUAAGAGGAAAACACGGAAGAGAAGAGAAAUUCAGGUUAAUUGAUCCUUACCUGCUAACGCCCCUAAACUAUCAUCAUUAGCUAUUCCCUUGAUUACUACUAGCCUUCUUAUCACGGUCUUUCUUAAUCUUCAAUGAUUUAUCGUUGGAAUUUAGUUUCUGGGAAUUUCCAUAAACUCACCAAAUGCCUUCGUUUUUGCGCUCCCUUUAACCGCAUUAGUUCAGAAAAGCUAAGGUUUUUUAGCUCCACAGCGAGAUUCACAUUCAUUGCUCCCGGUUUUUCUGUUCCAAACACCAAUUGCUUUUGGAGAAACCCUGCUUCUUGUAGAGAUCCUAAUCUAGUAGGUCUGCCUAGUUUGAAUAGAAAUUACUGUCAUGGGAGGAACGGUGACAAUGGGUCUGAGGAGUGGACUGAGGAGAUAGAUUACUUAGAUGAGUCAGGUAAUGUUAUUUACAAGGGUAAAGGAAUAAGGUCGGUAGAGCCUGGGCUUGAUGACCAUGUAAUGAUUGGUGAGGUUAAGAAGCCUUUUGCAAAUGCCACAGCUGUGGCGAAACUAGUUGAGGUUAUUAAGAGGUGGAAAUGGGGACCAGAGUUGGAGAAUCAAUUGGACAAGCUCCAGUUUACACCAAACAUGACUCACAUUACUCAAGCCUUAAAGAUUAUCGGUGAAAGUGAUGCAUGUAUAAGUCUGUUUAGAUGGGCUAAGCGGCAAUCUUGGUAUUCACCAAAUGAUGAAUGUUAUGUUCUUCUGUUUGAUGGUUUGAACCAACGUAGGGAUUUUGAUGGGAUUCAGUCAUUAUUUGAUGAAAUGGUUAGUGAUUGCAGUAAUAGCAGAGUCUCCUCAUUUGUUGCUUAUAAUCGGGUAAUUCAGCACUUGGCUAAAGCUGAGAAAUUGGAAGUCUCAUUUUGUUGCUUUAAGAAAAUGAAAGACACAGGUUGUAAAAUUGAUACUGAGACAUAUAAUUCCCUCAUCACUCUGUUUUUGAAUAAGGGAUUGCCUUAUAAGGCGUUUGAGAUAUAUGAGAGCAUGGCAUCAGCCAAUUGCUCAUUGGAUAGUGCAACUUAUGAAUUGAUGAUCCCGAACUUGGCAAAAACAGGCCGUCUUGAUGCUGCUUUCAAGCUUUUCCAAGAAAUGAAAGAAAGAAAUUUCCGGCCAGGUUUAAGCAUCUUUGCUUCUCUUGUUGAUUCAUUGGGGAAAGCUGGGAGAUUGGAUGGUGCAAUGAAGAUUUACAUGGAGAUGCAAAGUUUUAGGUAUCGGCCUCCUCCAACUGUAUAUGUUUCUUUAAUUGAAUCUUAUGUGAAGUCUGGGAAGCUGGAAACUGCUCUUAGGAUUUGGGGUGAGAUGAAGAAUGCAGGAUUCAGGCCUAAUUUUGGCUUGUAUACAAUGAUCAUUGAGGCACAUGCAAAGUCGGGGAAGCUUGACAUUGCUAUGUCUACUUUUUCAGAUAUGGAAAAGGCUGGAUUUCUACCCACUCCAUCUACGUAUUCUUGUCUCUUAGAAAUGCAUGCUGCAUCUGGACAAGUAGAUCAUGCCAUGAAGCUGUACAAUUCAAUGACUGAUGCUGGUCUGAGACCAGGUCUCAGCACAUAUACUGCUCUCUUGACCCUGCUGGCAAAUAAGAAGCUGGUGGAUGUGGCUGCCAAAAUAUUACUAGAGAUGAAGGCCAUGGGGUAUUCAGUGGAUGUGACAGCUAGUGAUGUUUUGAUGGUUUAUGUCAAGGAAGGUUCAGUUGAUCUUGCUUUGAGAUGGCUGCGUUUCAUGGGUUCAUCAGGGAUCAGAACGAAUAAUUUUAUAAUUAGGCAGUUGUUUGAGUCAUGCAUGAAAAAUGGCUUAUAUGAGUCUGCCAAGCCUCUUCUUGAAACUUAUGUUAACUCUGCUGCAAAAGUUGAUUUGAUACUUUACACGUCCAUUUUAGCCCAUCUUGUAAGGUGUCAAGAAGAGCAGAGUGAGCGGCAUUUGAUGUCCAUCCUUAGCGCAACUAAACACAAGGCACAUGCUUUUAUGUGUGGACUCUUCACAGGCCCUGAACAAAGGAAACAGCCUGUGUUAUCUUUUGUGAGAGAAUUCUUUCAAGGUGUUGAUUAUGAAUUGGAGGAAGGUGCCACAAAGUACUUUGUUAAUGUUCUUCUCAAUUACCUAGUUCUUAUGGGGCAGAUAAAUCGAGCUCGAUGCGUUUGGAAGGUUGCAUACGAGAAUAAACUUUUCCCAAAGGCCAUAGUUUUUGAUCAGAACAUCGCAUGGUCCCUUGAUGUUAGAAACUUGUCAGUUGGUGCUGCUCUCAUAGCAGUGGUCCACACUCUUCAUAGGUUCAGAAAGCGAAUGCUAUAUUAUGGUAUUGUUCCGAGACGUAUAAAAUUAGUGACAGGACCAACUUUAAAGAUCGUGGUGGCACAGAUGUUGAGCUCAGUAGAGUCUCCAUUUGAGGUCAGUAAAGUGGUUCUGAGAGCUCCAGGAGACUCAGUCAUGGAGUGGUUUAAGAAACCGAUUGUUCAGCAGUUUCUGCUGAACGAGGUUCCAUCAAGGUCUGAUAUCCUGAUGCACAAGCUGAACAUACUUUUCCCCAGUUCUGCACCUGAAAUUAGAUCAUUAUCCCCUCCUAAGCCUCUCAUGUCAAGUAAGGCAAUAUGAAGAGUCUUUACAUCUAAAAUGAGUUCCAGGCAUGUGAGAUGGAAUUGUAAGUUCGUGAUUAUUUAGUGGGGUGGUAUUUUUUUGUACUAUUGUUUUAUUUUGUCAUGUACAGCAGUAAAAUUUAUGGUUCUGGAACGAAAAUGCUUGUGUCAGUAUCACUUUACAAGUAUAAUAUCCAUUUCGUCAUUUUGUGAUC